GGGUCCAAGAGUUUGGCGGAGGAUGGACAAUGCGCCACUUCCAACGACGAGAAGCCCGAGUCGGAUCGGGUUACAGCCGCCUGGCGCUGCAAAUUGACGAUUAUUAUCUACGCUAUGAUUGACUGUAUAUUAUAUACAACCCUAUACUUGCCCGCAAAGCAGAAAGGAACUGCUGGCUUCCCGGGCUUGGCCUCCCAUCUGAGCUUGAACGUGACGUUAUCAGCGGUUGUUUUAUGGUCGUUUGGCAUUUGGCAGUUACCCAAUUUGGCACUUACACGAGACAGCCAUGUCGAAGCGCACAGUAUUCACCACCAUCACGCCGCUCCCAGCAGGCCUCACACGGCAGACCGUCCUGGAUUUCCUUCAUGACCAUGAGGAGAUGAUCGAUUUGAAUCCUUUGGUCAAGGAGCGCCACCCAAUCUCGCCACCACCUCACGCCUCGGCGGACGAACAACGCUGUCAAUGGUACUCUCUGACAGACAAGAUCUCGUAUUUCCCGGGAGUGGCUGGUGAUGUCACCUACACAUGUGCUUUCAACGACUUGCCCACUGGACUACAGACACACUGCUAUGCGCCUGCUGGGCUGACAAUCCGCGACAAAUGGACCGUCGGUGGCUCCCUCCCCGGUGAGCAAGCGCAGCCUGUCGAGCUCGGCCUCCGGGUGCCUUCAACAGGACUCUAUCUCCGCGAGGACGUCGAUAUGCGCUGCAACGUGGUCAUGACGAGCUUCGUGAAGAAGACGCUCAAAAGGUCGCACGCUGCACUUGUCGACCGGCUCAAGGUCAAAGCCCAGAUUGCUAGCACGAGCGCCGGCAGACGCGGGUCAAGGAGCAUCAGCAGCCAGCAGUAUCAUCAUCCCUUCGCAUCCGCUCCGUCGAGCCGCAGCUCCUCGGUCGUCAGCGCCUCCUCUUCUACCUCAGUCUACAGCACGGAUGGCGGCUCGCUAUGGUCACCUACGACAAGCAGCGUGGGAACAAGCCCGGCACCGUCCUCCAAAAGCCCGCCGGUCACGUACAACAACAGCAAUUACCAGAACGAAGCCCAGUACAGGGCAGCCGAAUACGCCGCGUCGCAGCCAAGAACCCUUCGCUCUCCGGCCCCUGAAUCUGUAUCCGUCCCAUUGCGGAAACCGAUGCCAAAACAAGAGCCAACAACGCCCUUUCUCCGCCCGGAUCAGCCCGACGACUGGCCGCUGCGGUCACAACCACCGCCACGGCUUCCAGACUGGUCGCCGAAGCCGGAGCCUUCCGCUCAGCGGCCAAGGCCGCAGAACCAGCUGUGCUUUUCCGCGUACAGGCCGCCUGCUCCUGGGCAGCGUCAGCCGAACACCACAGAAACUGUUAUAAUUACCGAUACCAAUCCUCCCGCCAACGUCACCCGCAACGGUACCGCGGCGCUGCCGGAUGACGCCCUCUGGCAGGCUCUAGGCGGCGGCCGUCUCAGAGCGAGUAGUCUGAAGGCUAUCGCUAGUGACUAUCACUCCAGGGACCGAAGCCAUAGCCAGGGCAGCUGUCACCAGGAUUACCCGCAAAUGAGCCCCUACGACGAUGAGAGUGACAGCGGGGUUGUUGUUGGCUUGGGCAUGGUGGGUGCGAUGCGGCCGGUGAGCAUGCCCCCGCCGCUGAAGACGCGGGCUCCGCUGGUGGCCAGGGUGGAUCAGCCUUUUGUUGCUCAGUUGGAAUGAGGAUGGCUUCCAAAUUGUGCAGCGAAGUGCCCGGAAAUGGAAAAGGUAUCUUCGUAUCGAACUACUACCUCGAGAUUGGGCAGCCCAUGUGAUCUGCGAGAACAGUGCAUUGGGAGAAAGGACCAGUUGGAGCAGAGACUGCUGCGUUCGAUACCCCUGGGAAAUAUAAAGGCUAUAGCCGUUUCUCGUCCUGUAGUUAAUGGUUCUCCGUUAUGUGAUCCAGGUUGUCAUCUGUUGUGUCGGGUUCUUCUAAGGCAUGGAUGGAAGUGCACAGCUAGUGAAAGAGAAUCCAAAUGUCUCGGAACGAUAACCAGGAAUUGCCGCGAAGACACCGGAAGCCGGGAAAAGCGGAAAAC